GCACACGAGCUCUGGGUCGUGGACCGGAGGCACCUCUACCUGGGCAGCGCCAACAUGGACUGGAGGGCACUCACACAGGUUAAGGAGCUCGGCGUCGUCAUCUACAACUGCAGCUGCCUGGCCCAGGACGUGGCCAAGAUCUUCGAGGCCUACUGGGCCCUGGGCGUGCCGGGGGCCACCAUCCCGUCCCCGUGGCCCGAGAGCUUCUCCACCUCCUUCAACCGGGAGACGCCGCUGGCGCUGACGCUCAACGGCUCCGACGCCAGCGUUUACUUCUCGAAGCUCCUCCCCCUGUGCGCCGAGGGCCGCACGCCGGACCUGGAGGCGCUGCUGGCCGUCAUCGACGGCGCGGGGCGCUUCGUGGACGUGUCUGUGAUGAGCUACCUGCCCGGCACCGAGUUCUCCCGGCCCCGGCGCUUCUGGCCGGCCGUCGACGAGCGGCUGCGGCGCGCGGCCGUGGAGCGGGGCGUGGCCGUGCGGCUCCUGGCCGGCUGCUGGGCCCACAGCAACCCCCUCAUGUUCCCCUUCCUGAGGUCCCUCGCUGCCCUCGGAGGGGAGAGGUUCCGCGUGCAGGUGGCCUAGCCCGUGGUGCCCCAGGACCCCCAGUCUCGGAUCCCGCUCGCUCGGGUCAACCACAACAGGCUCAUGGUGACCGACCGGGCGGCCUACGUCGGCACAUCCAACUGGUCCGGGGAUUACUUUGAGCGCUCGGGGGGCUCCGCCCUCGUCCUUUCCCAGCCCGGGGGUCCCGGACCUUCCGGGAGCGGCUCCGGGAGCUUUUCCAGAGGGAUUGGGGUCCCCCACAGCGUCGACAUCAGGAGACCCCCAGGGAUGGGCCGGGCGCUGCGGACCCCUGACCCCCAUCAGGGACCUCCCCCAUCCCCACGGCCGGGAUCUGAGGGCUCCAGCACCAGCUGGGGCAGCUGA